AUGGAACAUGAUGAGACAUUGGCAAAUAUGGCUAGGAAUACACGCCAAGGUCAAACGAAUCAACGGACUGGUAAUAACAAUCGACGAGGGAAUGUGACUAAUAAUGGUAGUGGUUCUCAAGCAGUCAGAGGAAAUCAGGGGCAAGAGUUGGGACAACAUGUCACGACCCAAACUCGCCCCCAUAGGUUUAGCGUCGUAAUCGGCAAGGUUUGGGUUGUUACACAACAAGAACAAGCUGCAAUCCCCAAUCCAGUUGGAAUGGUUCAACCAGGUGUUGGGCCAAAACCGAGACCACGUGGUAACAUUACUGAGUUUAAGAAGAUAGCCUUGGCAUUUGACGGAGCCACAGACCCUUUGGAGGCUGAAAAAUGGUUGACAGAAAUGGAAAAUUUUUUUCUCGUUUUUGAGUAUACAGAUGAUCAGAAGGAAAGGUUUAAGAAUGCAUUCAAUGAGAAAUACUUCCCUAGGAGUGUUCGUCUACAAAAACAUAGGGAAUUUUCAAAGUUGGAGCAAGGAAAUAAGACGGUUGCAGAAUAUGAAGCCAAGUUUACGAAGUUGUCUAAAUUUGCACCAGUAUUUGAAGCAGACGAGGAUAGCAGAGCACGAAAGCUCAAAGGUGGGCUAAGAACAAACAUUAUGCAACAGGUGGUUCCUUUCGAGUUACCUACUUUUAGAGCAGUGUUGAAUAAGGCAUUGUUGGUUGAGAAGGGCCUCACUAAAGUCCAAGAAGAGAAAGAAGAGAAUUAUAAGAAGAGACCUAGUUCUUCCAACUUUCAAACUAACAACAGUUUGAAGGGUAAUGCUAAGAGACAAACCACUUCUUCGGUUGUGAGUUGGGGAAGUCGAACGGUGGGUGGUAGUGUUGACAAGCAGAAUGAUCGGGUACAGUGCACUAGAUGUAAUGGGUUCCAUCGGGAUAGUGAGUGUCGUUGGAAUACUGGGGCUUGUUUCUCCUGUGGGCAACAAGGGCACAUGAUAGCUGAUUGCCCUAAUUAG